AUGAGGAGCUGGGCAACAAACAACAAGCAGCUCCGUGACUUUAUCACCGAAAAAGAAAUGUCGAACCAGAUUGUCGGAAUCCUUUCACCCACAAUAGAUGGCCAGCACAAGGCACUGGGUCUUAGAUGGGACACGAGCUCCGAUUCAUUUAAAUUUGACCCUACAUCUAUAAUGGAAGCAGCCAUGGAGAUAGGAGAGAAAAUCACCAAAAGAAAAAUUCUGAGCAUCUCAGCAAGAAUAUUCGACCCAAUUGGUUUUCUAGCUCCUACAGUCUUACUUUUAAAAAUAAUCUAUCAGAAACUUUGGGAAGGAGACAUAGGUUUGGACGAUGACGCCACACCCGAAGUGAAGAACACCUGGAGCAGCAUCAUGAAAGGACUGAAGGAUCUACAUAAUUUGGAGAUCCCACGAUGGAUUGGAUAUUCGAAACCUUCCGUCGUCUCCGCAGAAAUUCACGUGUUCGGCGAUGCAUCAGAAGCAGCCUACGGAGCAGUAGCCUACGCACGGCUCCAACUGGAGAACGGAACUCCUUACACCAUCCUCCUAGCCAGCAAAACGAGAGUGGCGCCUCUUCCGAAAAAGAAAUCAUGGAAAACGACUUACUGGACAGACUCCCUCGUCACACUAGGAUGGAUAAGAGGAGAUCCUUAUCGUUGGAGACCGUUCGUGCGAAACCAAGUGGAAACCAUCAGAAAAUUUUCCAACUCGGAAUGGUGGAGACAUUGCCCCGGAUUGGAGAAUCCAGCCGAUCUCGCUUCGCGGGGAGCGCCAGCGCAUGCGCUGGUGGAAUCGAAACUUUGGUGGCACGGACCAGCCUGGCUGACAGAAGAAGAAAGCGAAUGGCCGAACUCUCCAGAAAACCAUUCCACCGAAACGCAAGAGAAAAUCGAGGAAGAGGAGACGAAGAAAACGGCGACCGUCUCCUUUGCAGCGGUCAAAACCGCCCAGCCAAUUGAAUGGCACCUCGAAAAAAUCUCUACAUGGACCAAACUACUUUUUAGAACAGCCUGGAUCCUCAGAGCGCUCAACCGUAUGAAGAAAAGAACGCGCGGCCCAGGACUCGAACUAAAAGAAAUCAUCACAGUCGCCGGAAAAGAAAUUACAAUCGACAAGAUAGUCACCGAAGAGCUGAACGAAGCGGAGCUAGCCAUCUGCCGACAGCUCCAAGUAGAACGCUAUCCCAAAGCUUUUUGGACACUCCAGCUUGGACUGCAGAUUCACCGGAAGGAGAAAAUCGCAUCGCUCCGACCGGUCUGGGACAAUCGAGAUCGACUCAUCCGAGUCACUGGAAGAGUGGCGCUCGCCCUCAGGGAUCGAGACAUUCAACCACCGAUCCUUCUCCCAGCAAAUCAUCCGGUCGUAACUAUGUUGAUAACCAAUAAACAUAAAACCUGUCUUGGUAGGGAAGAGCCCAAAAAGCAACCGAAAAGUUACGUGUGCAUCUUUACUUGUGCCGUGACGAGAGCGAUUCAUCUGGAGUUAACCAAAGACAUGACGGCUGGCUCUUUUCUGUUAGCUUUCCAUCGAUUCUCCACCAGAAGAGGCCCAGUGUCAGUAAUGUACAGUGACAAUGCCCAAACUUUCCGUUGUGCGUCUCGAUAUCUUAAAAACAUUCGAUCCGACCCAGCCGUUCACGACCUCCUCGCCAUGAGAAGAACCAGCUGGAUCUUCUCCGUUAGCCUCGCUCCAUGGUGGGGCGGAUUUUGGGAGAGAAUGGUGAGGAUCACGGAAGAUUUAUUGAGACGAUCCAACGGGCGCGCAUGUCUCGCGUACGACGAACUAGAAGUGAGUUUAAUCGAAACGGAAAGUGUGAUUAACGCGAUACCGUUGAACUACAUUGGAGAAGGAGCGGACGAUCCGCUCCCGAUCACUCCGAAUCAGUUUCUCAACAAUCGUCGUUCAACUUGUGCUACGCCGGAGCCAGCAGUCAAUCUAUUGGCUCCCGAUUCAACAAGUGAACUACUCAAGAAAUGGAUUAGAACAGGCCUGGAUAAUUUUCACGCAAAAGGAGCGUCGGGCAGGAAAAUCCGCGUCGGAGAAGUUGUCGUAAUCCACGACAAACUUUCUAAACGGCUCAUGUGGGAGACGGGAGUAGUUAAAGAAUUACUCCCCAGCUGCGACGGCCUAGUCCGAUCCGCGAUAGUCGAAUUCCCAAACGAACUGAGAGAAGAUCAACCGGAAGAUGUGGAGAUCGCAGACGGUGCCUUGAAUCCGGAGCCAGUUGAAGCAACUGCUCCGCAAUUUCCAAAUCCACCCGAUCCGGCUCCGCUCCCAUUGCUUCCGAUCGAUCCAACUGACGUCGAAGAAGAUGAUCAUGUGGCCAAUCCGGCCGCUACUGACGUCGGCGAGGUCGAGUCCCAAGGCAAGGGCUCUGGUUGGAAACGAAAGACGUCCCCAAAGGCCGACGACGAGAUCCGGCCGGACAACCAGGAUUCCGGCCCAUUUACGGGAAUACGAUCUUCGGGGCCCCCGAUAGGUGGCCCCUUGUUACCCGCCUGA